UACAUGUUCUUAUGGAUUGGGUUGAGCGCAGCCGUCAUCAUGAUCAACAAAUAUGUGCUGUCAAUGUCGGGCUUUCCCUAUCCGGUUGCCUUGACUUGCACCCAUAUGCUCUUCUGUGCUACGCUGGCAUUUCUUCUUGUGAAACUAGGCUUUGUAGAGGCAGUAAACAUCUCAGCUGACACAUAUCUCAGUUGCAUUCUGCCCAUUGGUCUGCUAUUCGCGGGGACGCUCUGGCUCGGCAACGCAGCCUACCUAUACCUGAGUGUCUCCUUCAUACAAAUGUUAAAGGCAUCUAUGCCGAUGGUUGUCUUUAUUGUUGGAGUCCUCUUUGCGACGGAAAAGUUCACACUGAAGGCCGCACUCAACAUGCUGGUGGUGGGCACGGGUAUCGCCAUCGCCUCCUACGGCGAGAUCCAUUUUGUGGUUAUCGGAGUGCUGCUCCAGGUUGGAUCCAUCGCUACGGAGUCCGUGCGGCUGACGCUGGUGCAGAUCCUCCUGCAGAAGCGCGGCAUCAAGAUGAACCCCGUGUCUACGCUUUACCACAUUGCGCCCUGCUGCUUCGUGUUCCUGUUCCUGCCCUUCAUCUACAUUGAGCUGCCCAAGAUGGUGGCGGACAAGAACCUCCGCGUGAAUGUGCCCGUGCUGCUGGCCAGUGCCGCCUGUGCAUUUGCUCUGAACAUGUCGGUGUUUUUGCUGAUCGGCAAGACAUCCGCGCUCACCAUGAACGUGGCGGGUGUAAUUAAGGACUGGCUGCUCAUCCUGCUGUCGGUGGUCAUGUACCACUCCCCGGUCACCCGCACCCAGCUUAUGGGUUACGGCCUGGCCUUCGUGGGUGUGAUGUACUACAACUACGCCAAGGUGGAGCAGAUGAAGCAAUCUGCGGCGGCAGCGCAGAAAGCGCCUGAGAAGCAGCCACUCAUGGCGGCUGAGUCGGGGCAGAGUAGUAAGGGCAGCGAGUAG